AGAAAGAAACGACGUGAAAGAACGGCCAGGAACAGCAGAGGAGAGACGAGCAACAGAUGGGUGGCAAAGGAAAAAAAAGGAGAGAGAAGAACUUCUUGGCGGCGCACGGCGGCAACAGCCGUCUUCCUCCGCCGCCUAACCCCUCACAAGUCGACGCUCUUCCAUCCAAACUUCGCAUGAUCAUGUCCUUAACCUCUAAGCAUUCUCUUAACGAUGAGGAUAAUCAUGGUUCUGCUAAAACUUCAAAGUCCGGUGAACGAACUAGUAAACAGAGAGGCGGCGAUGCUAAAAAAAAACUCUCUCAAAAGGAAGCAAUUGUAGAUGAACAAGAGGAUGGAGAUGUGAAUCAGCAUAUGGAUGAUGAUAGUGGUGAUAAUAAAGGAGUGUUUGAUGGCGGAGACGGAAAGAAAAAGAAAAAAAGAAAGAGAAAUCAAGUUACUGAUCUUCGCUUCCAAGAAUCGGUAGAUACGGUAAAAACCAGUGGGAAAAAGAAGGAACGAAGAAAGAAGUAUCUGGAAGCAAAAAAGAAACGCAAAACAUCCAAAGCAGAGGAGAAUUCUGACUUCCCUGGCCAUGAGAAGAUAAAAUUUGGGGAUGUUGUCCAAGCUCCACCGAAAUUGGUUACCCUUCCCAAGAUGCGUAAAAUUGUCCCAGAUGCUUCCCAAGAAAGAAUUAGAUUAAAGGCUAUUGAUGCCUACAGGCAACGCAGAGGAUGGACCUCUCGACCAGGACUUCAGCUUCCUAAUGUGACUGCAACACCAUCUUUCUAAUUGGUUAGAGCUUAGAGCAUCCCAUGUAAUGUGUAAGGUAAUCAUAUGCAAUGAUUGAUAAUGGAAGCUAUAUGUGCUACAAUUUUGUUGUCAAUUGUAAGAAAUCAUGGUUUAUUUUUUAUAAAUUUUGAUUUUCAUAAUAUUAAAAUUGAAAUGGCAAACAGUUUGAUUUCUUUUUA